AAUAAGUAAACUUCAACACAGUUUGAGAAUGACUUAAAAAAAUUUGGCAACUCUGUACAGAUGUAAACAACCAAGUGCAAAUCAAGUCAAAGUAAUCCUGUGUCGUUUUGUUUUAACGUAUGUUUCUGUGAAUUUCUAAUAUUAGGGCUCAAUAAACAUAAAACUCUUGCAUUUCAGAUGUUUAGUGUCAUACAAUUUAUAGAAAACAAUAAAUUCAACGUGCUGGCGGUUCCGUCUUCAUGGGUGAAACAAGGCAAACUGCUUUGGCCGAAGAAUUUGGCCAGUGACAAAAUAGAGCUUUUGCGAACUAAGGGUGCUGAGUACCAUGGUUCGACGAAAAACAUCCCAGCAAUUGUGACUAAAAAAUUCCGGAGUUUUACAUCAGCAGAAGCUGCAGUAGCAGCCAUGGACAACAAAUAAAUGUCGGAUAUAGAGGGGAAAAAAAGCUUCUCAAAUUUGCUGCUAAGCGACCGAAACUGCAACCACAGGUCAAUUAUGAUUCUUUGUGUCAAGCUCUUGCUCAGUCAUCUUCGUCAUCACCGUCUCACUCGGUUCCUCCAAAGUUACUAAGUUCGCAACAAGUAACAGCAGGUUCUCCACCACGUUUGUCACCAGCAUAUCCUUCGAAUGCUUCUCCUGCUUUUACUGAUAACAUUGUUUAUUCUACUGAGUUGAUGCAGAAUCCUGAUUCAGCAGUUCCGACUUCGCUAAUUUUCGACAACAUUUACUACGAUGAAAAUCCUACUGUAGCGCCUGAAGAAAUCAUAAACAAAAGCGAAGCAACAGAUACUUCAAAUACGCUCACAUAUAUAUCAUUGACAGAGGAGUUAGAGCAUGUUGUUGGAGCAACUGUAAAGACAACGGUUGAUGAAGCUAUUAAAAAAGCCGUGCACACUUCUAUUCCGACAAUAAUUCAGUCUGCCGUGGAGCGUUCUAUGAAGUAAGGCUUUCAGGAAGAAUUUGCACAAUUGGCAGCGCUAAUGGAAAUGCAAAAACCAACGGGCAGUGCUGUCCAGAGUAGCGUGCUUGCCUAUGCUGAAAAGCAUGUACUUAUUCGUGACGAAAAGGAUCUCGACGAGUGGAACAUCAGACUUGCGAACAGAGAGAUUUUCGAAUGCUACGCCGACUACUUCGGAAAAAUAAUCAUUCCCAAUGCAUAUUACGGCCGUGGAGACAAUGCAUUUUACACUAUCGUAGAUUGUCUUUUCACACGUGAUUUUUGGAAACAAUUUACAUGGACGGGGAUAAGCCGCGGUGAAAAGUGCAAACGUGGAUUUCGCGAGUACGGCAACGUUACUCAGUUGUUGUUAUGCAUCAUACAAGUUGGCGAUCCCACUUAUAAUGCUCAGAUGAUUGAAGCGUUCUGCAAAACCAAACUUUUCCGUCAUUGCAAGCCACGAUCUGAUAGUCGAUUGCUUCGAAAAUCAACUGUCCGCCCGGGACGUGGUCGCAAAGGCGAGAAAGGGAACGACAAAGCGAAAAAAAGCGACAGAGGAGAACGAGAAGAGGAAAGAGAUAAAAGUGUUGAAGUAAGAGCCAACGAAGAAGAGGUCAAAGAUGCUAACGGAUAUGAUGAAGAAGAAGAAGAAGAAGAAGAUACUGAUCGGGAUGCUAGCUAUGAGGAAAGCGUUUGCGAAGAAAAUACUGGCAACGACUCGUGAACUUUCUCUCCUUAUUGUAUUUUCUCUUGGAUAUUCUGAUUUUGACUCAGCUGAAGAACUUGAAAUGUGAUCGAAAUGGACAACACAAAGAAAAAUAAAUAUUAUAGAUUCAGUGUUUUAUUUACAUA